CGUGAAUAGGAUAGUAGUUUACCACAGGACUUGGCUGCGCUCAGGAGUUAACCGCCUUCGUCCAGCAGGACUUGCUUCCGUUCCCCAGUGCAUUCUCACUAUCCGGCCCAUACAACUUUAUAUUUUCGCUGAAUACUUGUAACAUCUGUAAGGCUUACUUGCAGCCGCCGCGCCGCUUUGACGUUAUAGAAAAUGCGCCGGAAGAAGCAUAAGCAGACACGGCGUGCGACGAACUACUACCGCAUUAACUAUGGCUUUCACGAACCAUACAAGGUGCUGCUGGACGGAAACUUCAUUCACGCGACCAAGGCCCUAAACCUGGCCGACCUUGCCUCCCACCUACCCAAGCUGCUAGGUGGCGCUUGCAAGCUAUACACCACAAAAUGUGUAACCCGCGAGCUGCGCUCCCUGGGCCGCGACUUCACCGCCUCCGCCGACGCGGCGCACUCCUACCCGCUCCACAAGUGCGAUCACUGCCACUCGCAGAAGGAGGGGAGGGACGGGAAGGACAAGGAGGAGGCGAAGGAGGAGGGUGGCGCCAAGGGGGGUGCCAAGGGCGGCAGCAGCGGCUGUGUGUCCGCAGCGGAGUGCAUUCGGGCGGCGAUAGGCUCCCGCAACGAGGCCCACUGGUUCGUGGCCACCCAGGAUGCGGCGCUGAGGCAGGAGCUGGGCAAGAUCCCCGGCUGCCCACUCGUGUUCGCCACCGUCAACGGAGUGCACCUGGAGACCCCCUCCGAGGUCACCAAGCAGAAGGCAAAGGAGGCUGAGGCCGCCACCCGCUCAAUAGCGCCCCACGAGGCCGCCGCCCAGCCGCUGCUGGCCCCCGAGCAGCUAGCGGAGUUACGGCGGGAGCUGCUGCUGCACCGGCAGAAGCGGCAGCAGCAGGGGGCGGGCGGCGAGGGGGCGGUGGGGGUGCCGGCCACGAGUGCGAGGUUCCGAAGGAACAAGGCCAAGGGCCCCAACCCGCUGGCUGUGAAGAAGAGGAACCUCAAGAAGGAGGCAGCAGCGGCAGCAGCGGCAGCGGCAGCGGGGGGAAAGAAGCCGGCGGCAGCAGCAGCAGGGGGGAAAGCAGGGGGAGACAAGAAGGGGCGGGAGGUGAAGGGCGGAGGAGGCGGGGAUGACCACCAGCAGCCGCAGAAGCGGAAACGAAAGCGGGGAAAGGGGGCGGCGGGUGAGGAGGCGUAGUGUGGCGUUAGCGUGGAGGCUCUCUGGAGGUUAUGGAUGAUGGCUUUCGGGUAUGGAUUUCGGGGCGGUGAUGGAAAAGCGCAUGAAGAUCCUCGUUUGGCUUGGGUCGCGCAUUGUGUGAAGGAGUCUGAUGGACACCAACGGAUGUGUUGUUGCCUCCGGAGUUGUUCCACGUCAUGUGGGCGGAUGCGGGCUGUGACUUCCUCACAGGUCUCGAAGGUCUGGAUGUAAGCAUGUCCCCGGCCUCCCUGCUGCCUUCUGCCAUCCCGGAAUUACCGCCCCAAAGGAGGUCUCUAGCGCCCCGGUCAGCAUGGGGAGGCAACUUGGCAACAAGUCAUUCAGCCUUGACCCGGAUUUUGUUUUGCUUUCAUUACGGACAGGCCUUACAGAGGAGCAGAGGGGGAAGCCUGCCAUGUAUGAAAGUCCUUAACCUUGCAACCAUCACUGAACCAAGUACAUUUUAUACCCGUAGAUAGGACAAAAUAGGAUUUAGGAUAGGAUACCAUUCAUCUGAUCACUUGGCCAUGCAACACGUACACACAAUUUUGUGUUAAAAAGCUAAAUAACAUGAAGGUGCAGACCGUCCAGCACACACCGCCACCCAGCCGUCCGCAGGCCCAUCACACGCGCACUUGGACAGCAG